CUGACUCAUAUUGGUGUAGCCUUCCUUCACUAUGGGAAUUUCUUUGUAUUCUCAGUGUUUCUUCUGCUUCAUCUGCAUACUUUCAAUAUUUUGCAUAACUAAUUGUUUUAUUCAAAAUGCUUAUAGCCAAUGCCUGCAGGAUCAGAGAAAUUUGUUGCUUCAACUGAGGAAUGAUCUUAUAUUCGAUAGCACUUGAUCACUAAAACUGGUGCUCUGGAAUCGGAUUCAAGAUUGUUGCAACUGGGACGGUGUGGAAUGUGAUGGUGUGGGGCAUGUGAUCAGUUUGCAGCUCGAUCGGGAGGGAAUUUCAGGUGGGAUUCAUAAUAUGUCAACUCUUUCCGGCUUUCGGUACCUGGAGAAGCUAAACUUGGCUGCGAAUGACUUUAGAGGUCAGAUUCCAGGUGGAAUUCUCAACCUUAAACAUUUGACGCAUUUGAGUUUAUCAGGUGCUAGUUUUGGUGGUCAGGUUCCAAUUGAAGUUUCACUAAUGAGGAGAUUGGUCACUCUCGAUCUCUCAUAUAACGGUCUAGAAAUUGAGAAUCCGAAUUUGAAGAUGCUUCUUCAGAAUCUAACCGGGCUAAGAGAGCUUUAUCUCGAUGGCGUGCAGAUGUCGUCAGCAGUUCUUAAUUUCUUUGCUAACUUCUCACAUCUGACUACCUUGUCUCUCAGUGGAUGUGAUUUAAGAGGCUCAUUCCCUAAUAUGAUCUUCCAAUUACCUACCCUAGAGAAUCUUGAUUUAUCCGAAAAUGAGUUACUCACUGGCUCCAUACCACAAUUUCAUCGAAAUGCAUCUCUUAGGACUAUGUUGCUUCUAUCUACUAACUUCUCAGGCCCAUUACCAAAUUCUAUGGUAAUCUUAGCAUGUUAUCCGAGAUAGAUAUGCGCAACUGCAGCUUCACUGGACCUAUUCCAUCCACGAUUUCUACCCUAACUGGGCUAAUUUAUGUGGACUUAUCCUCGAACUUCUUCACCGGUUCAAUCCCAUCAUUUUACAUGUCCAAGAACCUUCAACUAGUAGACCUUAGUGGUAAUUCACUUAGUGGGAGCAUCCCCAAAUCUCUCUUUGACCUUCCUUCACUACAAAUACUUAGACUUUUCAACAACCAGUUAAGUGGUCGAGUCUAUGAAUUUUCAACUUUACAUUUUCCUCACAUAGUUGAGCUAGAUUUAAGCAUUAAUAAACUGGAAGGGCAAAUUCCCAAGUCAUUCUUCACACUAGAAAGGCUUGAAAUUCUUUACCUUUUUGACAACUUAUUCAAUGGCACAAUUCAACUAGAAAAGUUGCAAAGGCUACACAAUCUUACAUACCUUGACCUUUCUUACAACAAUUUAUCUAUUGACACAAGCAUCACUAAUACAAAUUUGUCGAGGUUUCCCCAGCUAUUCUCAUUAUCCCUAGCUUCUUGCAACCUACAUAAUUUUCCUGAUCUUACAAACCAACACAGUCUGGAGUUAUUGAACCUCUCAAACAACCGGAUAAUUGGGGAAGUACCUAAUUGGAUUUGGGAAAUUGGAAAUGGAACACUUGUCGAUUUGGAUCUUUCUUCGAAUCUGUUGGUUAGUCUGCAGAAGCCAUACCACUUUCCUAGUUCACUUAGAUAUCUGGACUUACACUCAAACCUACUCCAGGGGGAGUUGCCCCCUCUUCCCCAAUAUGCUAAAUAUAUAGAUUACUCCAAUAACAAGUUUGAAAAGUCCAUUCCACUUAACAUUGGAGACUCCAUUACCAUUCUUCGUUACUUGUCUCUUGCAAACAAUAGCCUAAGUGAAGCUAUUCCGACAUCCUUUUGCAAUGCUACUCAACUUGAAGUUCUUGACUUGUCCUCCAAUAAAUUGAGCGGGAGCAUACCGCCUUGUUUGGUGGAAACAAUUGAGCAACUUGCGGUGUUGAAACUUGGGGGGAACAACAUCAAUGGUCAUAUACCGGAUACAUUUUCUGUCAAUUGUCGUCUAGAAAUUUUGGAUAUGAGUCAGAACUAUUUAGAAGGGAGGCUCCCAGUAUCAUUGGCCAAUUGCAAAUUGUUAAAGAUCUUGAAUGUCGGAAACAACAACAUCGAUGAUGGUUUCCCAUGCAUGCUGCCAUCUAGCUUGCGUGUCCUUGUCUUGCGCUCCAACAGAUUCCAUGGACAAGUGAGAUGUAGCAGAAGCUAGACAGAUCUCCAAAUCAUUGAUAUAGCGUCUAACAAUUUCACUGGUUAUCUAUAUACAAAGAGCUUCUCGGGAAUGAUGCUAGAAAAGGAUGGACGCCUGGGAAGUGACUACAUUCACUAUAACACACGAUUUACAUAUGCUGGGGUAUACUACCAGGGCACAGUGAAAGUAAUCGUCAAAGGAGUGGAACUGGAGUUGGUGAAGAUUUUGACAAUCUUUACAGCCAUUCAUUUCUCUUGCAAUAAUUUCCAAGGGGAGAUACCAGAUGCAAUUGGUGAUCUUAGAUCUCUUCACAUUCUCAACUUAUCCCACAAUACUUUCAUAGGAACAAUUCCAAAAUCACUGGGCAAGUUGACGUAUAUUGAGUCAGUCGACCUCUCAACCAACCAGCUAACAGGGGAAAUACCAAAAGAGCUUACACGCCUCACAUUCCUUGCAGUCUUGAAUCUAUCCCACAAUCAGUUGAUCGGGCCAAUCCCAAGUGGCCCUCAGUUUCAAACAUUUUCAACAGAUUCCUUCCAAGGAAACAUAGGACUAUGUGGUUUCCCUCUCAACAUAAGUUGCAGGCAUGCAGGGGAAGAAGACAACGUGCCACCACCUAAUCCACAUCAAGAGGACGAGGCCAUCAAUUGGGAUUAUGUAUCUGUUGCACUUGGGUAUGUUGUUGGCUUAGGAAGCAUUCUCUGGCUGCUUUUCUUUAGUCAAAGCUUCAGACACAAGUUCAAUGAUCAGACUGAGCAAGCUUUUCAAAAGAUAUUUAACGCCAAAAACAGGAGAAAAGGACAUAGAGGAAGAACAAAUAGAAGACGCCAUUGCUGAAACUAUACAACAGAGUAAGGAAAAUAGCCAUAAAUGCUAUGUAUGAUAUUCAUGCAAUGAAUAAAAAAGGAGAUUUUUCCCGAGUAUAUUUUCUUAGAUUACUGAAUUUUUAUGUUAAAAUCAAGGUAAGUGAUUAGCAGUAAUCAACCAAAAUGCCAUAAAUCAUUAUUUUGAAAAAAGGGUGGUUUCUAUUGAUGCUCUAAAUCAUUAUUUGUGGCUCUAAUGUUUCUUUUCUUGCAAAAAGAGUGC